AUGGCUAAACGCAAGGCCACUAAGGAGGCCGAUGUAGAAGAGCCUAUUGUUGAACAAGUCCAAGACGAGGAACAGGAAGCUCUCAGCUCGCCUCCUAAACCGGCAACUUUCAAAGGACGGCUGCAGCUCAACGACUUCGCAUUCAAGUCAGACCAACCGGAUUCAACCAGUGGCGACAGAAGAAGGUCGCCAAGAUUCGCCAGCUCAGCCUCAGCCUCGUCCACUUCUACUGCUGCUUCCAAGAGGAUUAACAACGAUGACCAAGAAGACGAUGGAGCCAAGCCUCAGAGGAAGAAGCGGGCACGCGCACCCGCUGGCUACGCGCCUCCAUCGACAUACGCCCAUCUCCCAGGUCUUCCCGACGCCAUAGGUGACAACCUCCUCGUCCUCUUUAUCGGCCUGAACCCGGGGAUCCAAACGGCACGGACUGGACACGCUUAUGCCCACCCAUCAAACCUCUUCUGGAAGCUCCUGUUCUCAAGUGGUGUAACUCCGCGUCCCUGCAAGGCGACAGAGGACCGUCAGAUGCCGGAGCUGUACUCGCUUGGCCUGACAAACAUCGUGGCUCGACCAAGUCGCAACGGCUCUGAGCUUAGCAAGCAGGAGAUGGAUGAGGGCGUCGAGAUUCUUCACGAAAAGUGCCGCAAGUACCGGCCCGAGUCUGUUUGCGUCGUUGGCAAGAGCAUCUGGGAGAGUAUCUGGCGCGUAAGGCAUGGUAAGCCUGUCGGCAAGGCCUUCAAGUAUGGCUGGCAAGAUGAGACGGAGAACAUGGGUGUCAUCAAGGGAGAAUGGGCAGGGGCUAAAGUCGGAAAAGGAACGUAUUUGGGGACAACUUGGAUCAUGGGUUAA